GGUAAACAACAACGGAGAAGAGAGCAGCGGAUCAUUGAGGCCGACGUCGAUUUCCGCCAUUAUCACAAGGAGAAGAUGAAAAGGAAGCCAUGAUUCCGCCAUUAAAGCGCUCACGCCCUUCCCCACGAGAAAGCGGCCGAGCAAGGCUGUCUUCUCUACCAGCAACUUUCACGUACAUCGACACUUCCGUCGCCUUCUUUAUUACCCGAUUCCUGCCUCAAAGAAGGCAGAGCAACCGUAGAAACUAGCUCAGCCCGUGAGGCCGAUGGGGUGGCGGCGCUUUAUGACUGCGGCGGUGAUGGUGGUGUGCUUGAGGGCUGCGACGGCGAUUCUGGACCCGGUGGACUUCUUAGCCUUGCAGGCUGUUCGAAAGGGGCUGGAGGACAUGCCUGGAUCCGAUUUCUUCUCGUCCUGGGACUUCACCGAUGACCCCUGCGCCUUCACCGGAGUGUUCUGCGCCGGGGAGCGCGUGGUGACGCUCGCCCUUGGCGAUCCACGCGCGGGGGCGCCGGGGCUAGUGGGACGACUCGACCCCGCGCUCGGUCGCCUUGAUGCCCUCGCCGAGCUCUCCCUCGUUCCAGGCCGCGUCUCUGGUCCCAUUCCUGAUGCUCUGUCCGAUUGCUCUGACCUCCGCUUUGUUGCUCUGAGUAAGAAUUUGUUCUCCGGCGCCGUCCCACCCGGCCUCGGAGGCCUCCCCCGCCUCCGCACACUCGAUCUCAGCUAUAACUUGCUUUCCAGUUCCGUCCCGGCGUCCCUCGCCUCCGCGCCGGCGCUGUCCAACCUCAUCCUCUGCCACAACCAGCUCUCCGGCUCCCUCCCGCCCUUCCCGGCCUCUUCCUCGCUCCUUCGCCUCGACCUCAAGCACAACCAGCUCUCCGGUCCCCUUCCGCCGCUGCCGCCCCGGCUACAGUACCUCGCCCUCGGUUCUAACUCGCUCACCGGCCGCGUGGACUCAGUUCUCCCUUCCCUCGCCCAGCUCAAUUUCCUCGACCUCAGCUCGAAUUUGCUCGAGGGCCCAAUCCCCGGAGCCGUGUUCACGCUCCAACUCGCCGCUCUCCAACUGCAGCGCAACGCCUUCUCCGGACCGGUGACGCCGCCGCAAGACGACGUGGUCAUCCCUGUGGUGGACCUGAGCUACAACCGGCUGUGGGGGGCCGUCCCGCCGCAGCUGGCCGCGGUGGGCCGCCUCUACCUCAACAACAACCGGUUCACCGGCGAAGUCCCGAGCCGCUUGGUGCAGGGGCUCAGCAACGGCAUGCAGUUGCUCUACCUGCAGCACAACUUCUUGACAGGGAUCGAGAUUGGUCCGGCAGCCGUCGCCCUCCCCGCCGGCGCAUCGCUCUGCCUGCAGUACAACUGCAUGGUGCCACCCUUCGACACGCCAUGCCCGCUCAAGGCCGGCUCGCAGAGGAUGCGCCCCCUCGACCAAUGCCCCGAGUGGCGAGACUAAGAAUCCACCAUUUCCAUCGAAAUCGAAGGUAAUGACCGAAAAAAGGAGAAAAAAAUCAUCAUUAUAUACAUCGUUGAGAUGAUUCUUUGAUUGGUUUUGGUUUAUCGAAAGCUAAAAAUUCACUUGUGAAUAUAAAUAUAUUGUGGUGGCUUCUCCUGCUAUAUUAAACUUUCAUGUUCAGUUAAAGCGCAGGAUUCCUUGGCAAUGUCAAUAUAAAUGUAUUGUUUUCUUAUAUUUAUAUAUUUCAUAAUGUAUGAAAUUAAAA